CCAAGAUGGCGGCGCCGCGGUAGCAGUCUCUGGGUUGUGGCGUCCGGGGAGUCGCGACGGUUUCUGCCCUCGGGCCGUGGGGGCUGCCACGCCUGGAUGGUCCGUGCGGCGGCCCGUACCCCCGCAUUGGGCACCUGUUCAGGGCUGAGGCUGUUGCCGUGGCGGUGGGUUCUGGGGAGUGCCGGUGACCUCUCUGCGGGUGCCCUGCGCCGGCUGUGGUCGCCCGAAGAGUAGAAGGGCAGCCGGCCUCCCGGUCUUCCCGACUCGCGGAGUUCCUCAAGCCUCCGAGAGCUCUGAAGGAGCCACAGCUCUGAGGGGCUGCGGGAGUUCGAGCCCGCGGGUAUGUGAUCGGCUGCCUCGUACCCCUGAGGGCGCAAAGAAGCCCGUAAGAACUUUGCUUCCUCCUCCAGAGGCCUGGCUCCUCGCUUUGGCUACCCCCGCAUUCUUUCCCACUUCCUCUCAAUGUACUCACCAUAUAUCUGGAAAUAUGAUCAGCGCCCCUGACGUGGUGGCCUUCACCAAAGAGGAUGAAUACGAGGAGGAACCUUACAAUGAGCCGGCCCUGCCCGAGGAGUACUCGGUGCCGCUCUUCCCCUUCGCCAGCCAAGGAGCCAGUCCAUGGUCCAAACUGUCCGGGGCCAAGUUCUCUCGGGACUUCAUCCUUAUUUCCGAGUUCUCUGAGCAGGUGGGACCCCAGCCCUUACUGACCAUCCCCAAUGACACCAAAGUUUUCGGUACUUUUGAUCUCAAUUACUUCUCUUUGCGGAUCAUGUCUGUGGAUUACCAGGCCUCCUUCGUGGGCCAUCCCCCUGGUUCUGCCUACCCCAAGCUGAACUUCGUGGAGGAUUCCAAGGUCGUGCUGGGAGACUCCAAGGAGGGGGCCUUUGCCUACGUGCACCACCUCACCCUGUACGACCUGGAGGCCCGUGGCUUCGUGAGGCCCUUUUGUAUGGCUUAUAUCUCAGCAGACCAGCACAAAAUCAUGCAGCAGUUCCAGGAGCUCUCAGCUGAAUUUUCCAAAGCUUCAGAGUGCUUGAAAACAGGCAACAGGAAGGCAUUUGCUGGGGAACUUGAAAAAAAACUGAAAGACCUGGAUUACACCAGGACAGUGCUGCACACCGAGACAGAGAUCCAGAAGAAAGCCAACGACAAAGGUUUUUACUCAUCUCAGGCCAUCGAGAAGGCCAAUGAGCUGGCCAGUGUGGAGAAGUCCAUCAUCGAACAUCAAGACCUGCUGAGGCAGAUCCGCUCGUACCCUCAUCGGAAGUUGAGGGGGUCCGAUUUGUGUCCUGGGGAGAUGGCGCACACCCAGGAUCCGCCCAGCCAGGCAGCCACUACCUCUGACCCCGAAGAGUCUGCUGACAGAGACCAUUACACCUGCAGACCCACCUACACCCCAAAACUCAUCAAAGCAAAGUCCACCAAGUGUUUUGACAAGAAGCUGAAGACCUUGGAAGAGCUCUGCGACACCGAGUACUUCACCCAGACCCUGGCCCAGCUCAGCCACAUUGAGCACAUUUUCAGAGGAGACCUGUGCUACCUCCUGACCAGUCAGAUCGACAGAGCACUCCUGAAGCAACAGCAUAUCACAAACUUCCUCUUUGAAGACUUGGUAGAGGUCGAUGACAGGGGGGAAGAGAAACAGCAGAGUGCACCCCCUAAGCCCAGUCACGACAGGCCGCCUUCCAGGUCGGUAGAAGAAUGUCCAGUUCCUCAAGUGUUAAUUAGCGUGGGCUCCUACAAGUCCAGUGUGGAGUCCGUGCUAAUCAAGAUGGAGCAGGAACUUGGGGAGGAGGGGUCCAGGGAAGUGGAGGUGACAGAGUCAAGCAGUUUUGACCCCCAGGAAAACUUGGACUACCUGGAUAUGGACAUGAAAGGAAGCAUCAGCAGUGGAGAGAGCAUUGAGGUUCUUGGCACGGAGAAGUCCACCUCUGUGCUGUCUAAGUCUGACAGCCAGGCCAGCCUCACGGUGCCCUUGAGCCCCCAGGUGGUCCGGAGCAAGGCUGUCAGCCACAGGACGAUCAGCGGGGACAGUAUUGAAGUCCUCAGCACCUGCCCCUCUGAGGCCCUCAUCCCCGACGACUUCAAGGCCAGUUACCCAAGUGCCAUUAAUGAAGAAGAGUCCUACGCAGAUGACGGUGGGGGAGCCAUCCACUUCCAGGCAGGCCUCAGCCCGCCGGAGCUGGGGGAGGCCGAGGAGGGCGGCUUGGGGGUCACCCCGUCACAGACAGACUCCUGCUGCAUUGGGAGGGAGGGUGGCACUCUGCGGGUGCCGCUCUCCACCCCGGGCCACACGCUCUCUGACGAGGACGGGGUCGUGAGUGUCCCCCCGCAGCGCUACCGGCAGAAGGACCAGGAGUUCCACAUGGACUUCUCGGUGGAAAACGCCAACGCCUCUUCCCGAGACAGCGGUUCCGAAGGCUUCCCUGCUUAUGAGCUGGACCCGAGCCACCUUCUGAUCAGCCGGGACGGCAGUAAGACCAGCCUGGAUGACCGCUCCGACGCCACCAGCUACGGGAGCAGCGUCAUCUCCUCCAGCUCCGACAGGACUCCCUCUUCUGUUCCUCCCACUGGCCCCUCUUCCGAGAGGCAUAAGAAGAGGGCGGGCCAGAACGCCUUAAGAUUCAUCCGCCAGUACCCCUUUGCCCACCCAGCCAUCUACUCCCUGCUCAGCGGGAGGACGCUCGUGAUCCUCGGGGAGGAGGAGGCCGCAGUCAGGAAGCUUGUGACCGCGCUGUCCAUCUUUGUCCCCAGCUACAGCCUCCACGCCAAGCCCGUGAAGCACUGGGUGUCCUCUCCAUUGCACAUCACGGAUUUUCAGAAGUGGAAGCUUAUUGGUCUGCAGAGGGUGGCGUCCCCCGCCAGUGCCGGCACUCUCCACGCCCUGAGCCGCUACAGCCGCUACACGAGCAUCCUGGACCUGGACCGGAAGACCCUGCGCUGCCCCCUCUACAGAGGCACCCUGGUGCCCCGGCUGGCGGACCACCGCACACACAUCAAGCGGGGCAGCACCUACUCCCUGCACGUGCAGAGUGUGCUCACGCAGCUCUGCGCCAAGGCCUUCCUCUAUGCCUUCUGCCGCCACCUGCACCUGCCUGCCCGCGGCACGGAAGCUGAGGGGUUGGCCGCCAGCCGCCAGGCCAGCUUCUUGCAGCUGAACCUGGGGCUGGUGAACGAAGACGUCAAGGUGGUCCAGUACCUGGCAGAGCUGCUGAAGCUACACUACACGCGGGAGCCUUCCGCAGCCGGCCAACCCGUGCUCAGGUUCGACUACGUCCCCAGUUUCCUAUACAAGAUCUGAGGUCAGGCCCGGCCACUGUGACCAAGACCUGUGACUCGGUACGGGGAGGGCGUUGGCAUGACCGGGGGUCUUCUGAGCUGUUUAGACUUCUGGUGUCGUUGGCAGGAAGGAAACCGAGGUGGCAGCCGUGGUUCCCAGGUGGCUCUGGGCAAGGACGGUGGGGGCGCUGGCCCCCUGGUGGCAUCUGGAAGGACGGUAACAGCUCGCGGCCCCUUGGAGAGUGGCCUGGGGUUGGGACUGGGGGCCAGGGCAGAAGAAAGCUUCGGCACUGUGAUGAGGGACAGGGAGGCGGAGCCUGCAGGGAGGACCACGCCGGCCCUCUUGCGCAGCAACAUCAAGGGGAGCAGCCGUUAACUGGAUUAUUUGCUCGAAAGCAGGACAGUGGAACGUCCAUUGCCUAGUGCAGACCCCAGCCGGACCUUUCGCGUGCCCUUGUGGAGCCGCCCUCCCAGGGGAGGUCCCUGGAUGCUCCCUGCCCUGUCCUCACGUCCUCGCCAGGCACGGAGGGGCCUGCCGCUGGGCUCCCAGGCUCAGCGGAGUGACCAGUCACUGGCCCCUGGUCAUCAGAACCGCUGUCGUGGGGGCCUGGGCACAGGCUUCCUGCUGUGCGGGCGAGGAGCCACCAGCUGUCCUGGGGGUGCCGACACUGUCCUCUCGGGGAGGGUCUGCAGGUGGGCUGGCGCUCGCCCGGCAGAGGUCACCGCAGACCGUCGCUACCACUUCACUACCUCACGGGGUGUCGCGGGCACGGGGCAGCCAGCGGGCUGGGAUCUCCUCCGGGAAGGCCGUGCUGGCCUGGAGCACACGCACUCACAGCAGCUCGUUCCGCCCCAGCUGAGUCCCAGCCCCACUUCCUGUUUACCCACCAGGACCCUCCUGACACAGUUACCACUGGUGUGUGUAGGUGGAUGGUUUUUUGCAACCUUGAAAAUGUCAUACUUUUCUUCUUUAAGUUGUUUGUCCCUGAGCAGGGAGAACUCUUGGUAUUACUGCUUUUUAAUUUUUUUCCCCAAGUUGUGGUAAAACGCACCUGAACCAGCCAUAGUGGUUGCUCCUGAGCAUGCGUGCGUGUCUGCCAGGGCCGUGUUCUGUGUCGUCAGAGUCCUGCUGUUGAGACCUGGUCCGCCACCAGCUUUGCAGCACACCACAGCGGUCAGGACCCCCGGUGACCAAGGAGGCUUCGUAUCAUCUCUUUCCCAUGGCCCUCCCUGCCCAGGCUUCUGGUCAGGGUCCCCAUUCCUGCCAGAGUGUGAUUCUGCUCCGGAGGCCGUGACCAAGGCCCACUGUGACAGGGCUGCCACCGCAUCUCCUCGGGUCCUCGCACCUGUGCUGUCACCUGUGUCCCUCAGAGAGGCGUCUCCAGGGACCACAUGGCAGCUUCCGAACGUGCAGUGUGGGUGCUGGUGGGAAGGCUGCCCUCCUGUUACCACCGCCCCCCUUGUGUUCAGAUGCUGCUUUGUUUUCUAGGUAGGUGGCUAAUUGCAUCUACUUGGGCCUCCUGGGACACGAGCUUGUGACACCUUAUGUCCGAGGGAAGAGCGGUCCAUGGGGCCCAAAUGACCAGAUGGGAAGCGAUCAUGGGCCCACCCCUGUUUCGUUCCCGGGCCACCAACAUGGCCUCUGUGGUUCACACCUCGCACCUGGGAAGCCAGAAAGGGCAGCAGGUCAGUCACACUGGCCUAGAAGCGAAAGUCCACUCUGGAGGGUGUUUGUGCAGAAGCUCCGCCUCGGGCGAGCCCUGCCGGUGCGAGAAGGCCUGGCCAUGGGGCGGCCGCAGAGAGGGCACCCAGAGCCCCUCUCCUGAGCUGUUUCUUCAUUGAGGAGUAGAGCUGUAUUCGCUGACUAGUGGCUGAACUCCAGCAUUUAAAUUUUGGUUAAAAUCCAGCUUUGCAGCGUGGCAGUUUCACAGAAUGCUUGAUGCCAAGUAUGUUUCUCUUCAAAGGGAGCUCAAAGGGGAACCAGGCCCUCCCGGCCCCGCCACGCUGGGGACUGGAACCUGCCAGGAGUCUCAGAUGCACCUGAGUCUGAGUGGUGGGGGCCUGUGCAACGAACUCAUCUCGUCGGGAAUCUUAAGAGGUUUUCCCUGGUAAUAGGUCAGCAAGCGUCCAAAUGCUGAGAAACGCUUCAAAAAUCAGAGGGUGUCAGUGCCCUUAGUACUUUUUCAAUUCUAAGUAUUGCCUCGAAGGCCCAGGCACCAAAACCUUGAGGUUUGUUUCAACUUCACUUCCAGUCCAUUACCUGCCCCCCAACCCUGCCUUUUUUCUUUUUCCAGUACGCAGGCCUCUCACUGUUGUGGUGUCUCCCGUUGCGGAGCACAGGCUCCGGACACGCAGGCUCAGCGGCCAUGGCUCACGGGCCCAGCCGCUCCACGGCACGUUGGAUCUUCCCGGACUGGGGCACGAACCUGCGUCCCCUGCAUCGGCAGGUGGACUCUCAACCACUGCGCCACCAGGGAAGCCCCCACCCUGCCUUUUUAAAGCAGUCCAGGUUAAGAAGAACCUGCCCAGGCUGGCAUUUAUGCAGUAGUGAUUUCCAGAAGCUCCACGGUAGACAUCAGCUGAACCCUUUUCUAGCACCUGUGGCCCUGGGGACCCUACUCCUUUAGUAGAAUCUGGAAAUGGGCUGUGAUAGCCCAGCUGCCAUUUCCUAUCUAGCUCUGAAUUUCUUGCUUCAGAUGAGUUACUGUGUGCAAAGUAUCAUAGACUUCAUCCCCAAACAAGUGACAAAUCCCAUGUCAAAAUCCCAGGAUGGCCGAUAGAUUCUCCCCAGAGUGCCAGGGCUGCUGCAGCUCGUGACACGUCCCUGGAGGCCCAGCGGCCUGGAAGAUCUCGCACGCAGCUCGCCACCCACUCCACCACUGCUGGGCGCGUGCCCCCCCCCCCCUUCCCAGCCUGAUGGUGCCUGGCCGGUCAGCUUCUCCACGUGGCCCACGUCAUCUUUGCACAGGCAGGAGCCCUCCUGGGCUGGUGCGGUCCAUCAGUCCAUGUGGACAGCCUUCGGAGGCACCAGCCCCCCAAGCCAGCAUCAGCUCUUACCUCCCAUCUCCCUAGAGGCUCAAGAAAGUGCCUUGGCUCGUGCUUUGAAGCAAACCAGCUAGCUUUCUGGCUUUUUCCCAAUAUUGUGAUAGAAACUGAUACAACUGGAAUUUUUGAGAGAGAGAUGGUAUUAACAUUGCAAAAAGGAAAAGUAUCAAACCUCUACUUCUGGCUGGAAGGAAAACCAGCCUAGCCUCAGCUAAGGCUGGAGCACACCCAGCUGUUCUGAGCCCGUCCUGCUUUGAGGUUUGGUUUCAGCUGCGGGGAGGAGGGAGCACUUGGCCAUGAAUCAAGUGCUGGUCUGGGGCCUAGCCUCCCGGGAGUGCUUGUGUGGUGGCCUUUGUCUCUUGCGGGGGCGGGGGGAAGAGUCAAGCUCCUGGGUGUAAGGCUGUUUCCACAGCUGUGGAGGUGGCAGCCACCCUGCCCGCUGCGCUGGAGCCCCGGGGCGUCAACUGCAGCUGUGUUAAGGCCACGGUGAGAAGCAUAGUGCGUGAGGACGUCGUAUUUGUCAUUUUUUGAAAACCUGUAUUAUUACUGCAUGCUCCUCGUCGUGUGUGAGCGUGAGUCCCACCGGGUGAGCCGUGGUCACUGCGGCCAGGGCGAGAGCACGCUGCACGCCACAUGCGUGCCUGCAGCUCCCGGUGUGGCUGCACCAGAGUUCAACCAGUCAUGCCAAACCAAUAGUAGGAGGUGUACUUUUUAAGAAAUUAAUUUAUUUGAGUUGAGAUAUUUUUGAGAUAUAAAAAUUGGUUGUAUUUUUUAAAGCUAUAAUUCUUGUAGACAUUCUGUGGUUAAAAAUUUGUGCUUAUUAUAUAUGGUCAUCUAUGUUUUGCACUUGAGAUUUGUGAAAAAUAAAGUUUCUGUGGGAAGGUGACCUCUGGUUUCCUGAUCACGGGA